GCAUAUACAAAACUGGAGCAAACCUUUUUGGGUAACCAAAACCAUAAAAAUACCAAGUGUAGCCGCGAAGGUGUUUGUAGGCUGUAGCAGUACAUUCUCUCUUUCUCUCUCCGAUACGAUCGGCGACGCGCGAGUCAAUUUCGGGGCUUGUUAGUUUGAUAAAAGAUUGUGAGAUUGAAGAAUGCAAUAUUGGCUGAAGAAGUUGCUGAACCAAUCGAGUUUUUUCUGGGAGUGUGAGCUUUUGAGUUGAGUCUCAGAGACAACACCAAUAUGGUCAAUGUACAUCGUAGUGGGGUUGGUAAAAAAUCAAAUGACAGUGCCAGGCUAAUUUUCACUACGACAUUGGGAGCUGUCUUUGGAUUUUUCAUUGGCGUAUCAUUACCGGCAGUUUCUCUAACCAAGAUUAGGUUUCCGUCAAGCAUUAUAACAUCUCUUGAUGUAGCCUUCACCGAAUUACGUAGACCUAAUCCUCCUCCUUCAAACAGAAGUCUUGAAGAUGAAGGAUCAGAGGGUGUCCCUAAGAUAUAUGUUCCAACAAACCCUCGUGGUGCGGAAACACUACCUCCUGGAAUUAUUGUUCCACAAUCUGAUCUUUAUCUGCGUAGAUUAUGGGGUGAACCCAGUGCGGAUCUGAAAACAAUUCCUAAGUACUUGGUAUCAUUUACAGUUGGUAUUAAUCAGAAAAAAAAUAUUGAUGCAGCAGUAAAAAAGUUCUCUGAGAACUUCGCAAUCUUGCUUUUUCACUAUGAUGGUCGGACUAGUGAAUGGGAUGAGUUUGAGUGGUCAAAGAGGGCAAUUCAUGUUAGUGUGAAGAGACAAGCAAAAUGGUGGUAUGCAAAAAGGUUUUUGCAUCCUGAUAUUGUAGCAGCUUAUGAAUAUAUUUUCAUUUGGGAUGAAGAUUUGGGACUUGAGCACUUCGAUGGAGAGAAGUAUAUUCAGUUGGUCAAGAAAUAUGGUUUGGAGAUCUCUCAACCUGGUCUUGAGCCCAAUAAUGGACUGACAUGGGAGAUGACAAAGAGGAGAGGUGACAGAGAAGCUCACAAGGAUACAGAAGAAAAACCAGGCUGGUGUAGUGACCCACAUCUCCCUCCAUGUGCUGCAUUUGUGGAAAUAAUGGCCCCGGUUUUUUCUCGGGAAGCUUGGCGGUGUGCAUGGCAUUUGAUUCAGAAUGAUUUAGUGCAUGGAUGGGGAUUGGAUUUUGCUCUCAGAAGAUGUGUAGAGCCUGCACAUGAAAAGAUUGGCGUAGUUGAUUCACAGUGGAUUGUUCACCAAUUAAUUCCUUCUCUUGGGAGCCAGGGAGAUCCUGAGGAUGGAAAAGCUCCAUGGGAAGGGGUACGUGACAUGGUAAGAACACGGUGCAAAAAUGAGUGGGCUGAAUUCCAGGCUCGCCUCCUUGGCGCAGACCAGGCAUACCUUUCUCAGAGAGGAAGGGGGUAAAUACAACUUUAUCCCCUUAAACAAAAGCCUCCACCGCAACCCACACCCACCCCUUUUCUCAUUUUGUACAUGUUUUCACUUGGCGAGAAAGGGGGUGGGGUGUGUCGAAGAAGAGUGCAAUUCCGACUGUAAUAUUUUCUCCCUUUGCUAAGCCGAAUUCUAUGUAUCUUACACGUUGUUAGUUUUGUAAGAGGAGAGAAAUUUACCCUGCCUGAGAUAGAGUUUGUUGAGUAUCUUACCUUGUGCGUUUCAUAGAGGGAAUUGUGGUCUGCAAAGGCCAAUUUUGUAUUGAUUUUGGAAGUAAGCUAUUUAUAUACAAUACAGCACAUCGAUCAA